AUGGGGGGGGGGGGGGAGGAGGAGGAUGAGGAGGAGGAUGAGGAUGAGGAUGAGGAGGAGGCCCGGGCUGCGGGGGAUGUGGAUUGGAAGAGCGAGAUGUCACAGAAGGCAGUCAUGCUCGCUCUUGUUGUCCUGACCUACGUUGUUGAGUCGUCCUGCUUCUCCCAUGCUCCCUUCCUCUCAUCUUCGUCUUUGGCUGCGGUCAAGUCCUGCAGACCUCUCGUGCUCAGGAGCAGGAACACUUUGAGGAUGCAGACAAAUCAGCCGGAGGAGGAGACGAAGGAAGAUCCCUAUGCUGUGAAGCCCCAGGUUCCCUCCUUCGCCAGGACGGAGAACCAGUGGGCUAAGGACCUCGAGGUUGGGGAGGAAGACGGGGACAAGAACAAGAAGCUUUUGGCCAUCACUACUGGAGCCGUCGCACUGGUUCUCAGUGUUCUCUACCUCGUUGCGGUGGCACUUCUGGAGUCAAGAGGACCCCUCCAACCUCCUCCUCCUGAAGCUCUCCAAGGCGCUCUCCCGCAGUCUGCCAGCCUCGUCUUGGCUCUCUUGCAGUGA